UCCACUCCUGGGGUUUCUUGCUUGGAAUUGGAAGGCAGCAGAAGCUCUCUUGGACUGGAUAGUAAUGGAGUUAUCCAUUUCCAUGGGAGGCUCUGCCGCGGCAACCAGCCUCGUGAAUCUCAAGAUGGUGAAUCACAAAUGCACCAGGGGGCUUGGACCUCAACUUCAGUUUUCGCAUGAUGUACCAUCUUCUGCUUGUCUGAUGAUAUUUAACAAAGAAUGUUCAAAACGAAUCAACCACAAAGUUUGCAGAGCGCUUCAGGCAGUAUCUCCACUACAAUGUGCAGAAAAUCCCAUGCAAGCACCAGUAGCCUUUAAAGAUUUUCACGUUUCUGUGCUUACUGAAGAAGAUGGAGUGAUAGAGACACAGAUACGAGUAACUGUUAGCAGUAAAAUGACAGGUUCUGUCUUUGAGAAAGUCUUAUCAAAGCAUAUUGCCGCGGCACAACCACUUCCAGGAUUUCGGCGAUUGAAAGGAGGGAAAACUCCAAAUGUACCAAAAGAAGUCGCUCUGCACUUGAUUGGACCAUCAAAAGUGAAGAAAGCAGCCAUCAAGAAAAUCAUCAAUCGCGCAGUAGCUGAAUAUGUUGAAAAGGAGAACCUUGACGCGUCGAAGAACCUGAAGGUUCUGCAAAGCUACGAGGAGCUCGAGGCCACGUUCGAACCUGGAAAAGAGUUCUGCUUCGACACGGCUGUCCAUCUAACAGGAAGCUGAAGCAGUGAAGGCCUCCUACGAUGCCAUUAGAGAGAUGACCACUGCAGGGUGGGGGACUCCUGGGCAGCUGCCCCUUGAUCCUUAAGCUCUCAGCUCUGCUAGCCUGCUGCAUACGGCCCUGUUGCUAUCUCUACUGGCUAAAUAUCUGUGCAUUGCAACGGGGGCAACUCUAUUCUAGUGGUUCAACGUAGGAAAUUUUUGAUUGCACUACUGGAAAAAUCGUCGUUACCGAGUA